AGAAUGAAACUGUUCAUAAUUCUGAUUUUCGCUGCAGUCGGCGCCUUGCCGGACAGCCUUGCGUCGGUUAUGCCCAUCAAGGAUCUGCCCCAAAGUCAGAGCAUUGAUGGUCGCAUCACCAACGGCUACCCAGCGUAUGAGGGCAAGGUGCCUUACGUUGUGGGUUUAAGCUUCACGCGCAGUGAUGGCACUGGCUACUGGUGUGGUGGCUCCAUUAUUGGACACACCUGGGUGCUGACGGCUGCCCAUUGCACCAACCAUGGCAGUUCUGUGACCAUCUACUAUGGCGCCAGCUUUCGCUUUCAGGCCCAAUACACGCACUGGGUGGGUCGAGGCGACUUUGUCCAGCAUCCCAACUACAAUAGCGAUAACCUAAACAACGAUAUAUCGCUGAUUCGUACACCCCAUGUGGACUUCUGGAACUUGGUGAAUCGUGUCGAGCUGCCCAGCUACAACGAUCGCUACAAUAGCUACAACGGCUGGUGGGCAGUUGCCUCCGGAUGGGGUUACACCUGGAACGAUGGCGGCAUGUCUGACUAUUUGAACUGUGUCGAUGUGCAGAUCAUGGGCAACGAUGAGUGCCGCAACACCUUCGGCAGUAACUACAUAACAGACAACACGCUCUGCAUCCGCACCACCGACGGCAAGUCCACUUGCAGCGGCGAUUCUGGAGGUCCUUUGGUUCUCCACGAUGGCAAUCGCCUGGUCGGUAUCACCUCCUUUGGCUCUGGAGGGGGCUGUACAUCGGGCGCACCUGCGGGUUUCACUCGCGUUACCGGCUACCUCGACUGGAUUCGCGAUGUUACCGGAAUUGUCUAUUAAUACAAUGAUCUAUUGUAUAAACAAGCGUAAUUAAACAUAAUAAAGACACAGCUCAGAUUCUUAAUAAGAGUCAA